UUGGGCAGAAUGCGUCCCACUUCCGCUUCCGGCCGCGGUCUGAGGGGUGCGUGCUGAGGGGAGAGAGUGGCCCUUACGGAAGGGGAGAGGUCGGCCAGCGAUCCAGGCGGACAUGGGGGCUAGCGGGGAAGAGGCUGCCGACAGCGAGGAGCGGUUCGACGGCAUGUUGCUCGCCAUGGCCCAGCAGCACCAGGGCGGCGUGCGUGAGCUUGUGAACACCUUUUUCAGCUUCCUGAGACGCAAAACUGAUUUCUUUGUAGGAGGAGGAGAAGGUGCUGCUGAGAAGUUAAUCACAGAGACUUUCAGUCGCCACAACAAACUUGCUCAGAAGGCACAGAAAGAGAAGAAGGCCCGUCAAGAGGCAGAGCAGCGGGAAAAAGCAGAACGAGCCGCUAAACUUGCCAAAGAAACUAAACAGGAAGACAGUGAGCCAAGGAUUAAGGAGCUCACUGAUGAAGAGGCAGAAAGAUUGCAACUGGAAAUAGACCAGAACAAAGAGAAGAAAGAAAAUGAGGCCAAGAACAUGCCUGUCAAGUCUGUUGAAAAUCCAAUGGAAUCUCCUGAGUCCAGCAAGCAAGAUACCGAUGAAGAAGAGGAAGAUGAGAAGGACAAAGGCAAACUCAAACCAAACUCUGGAAAUGGAGCAGACCUGCCAAACUACAGGUGGACACAGACCCUCUCUGAACUGGAUCUGGCCAUCCCAUUUGAUGUGGCCUUCAGACUGAAGGGAAAAGAUAUGGUGGUUGAUAUACAGAGGCGCCAUCUGAAGGUGGGCCUGAAGGGCCAUCCCCCAGUGAUUGAUGGAGACUUAUACAAUGAGGUGAAGGUGGAGGAGAGCUCAUGGCUGAUUGAGGAUGGAAAAAUAGUCACUGUGCACUUGGAAAAGAUCAACAAGAUGGAAUGGUGGAACAAGUUAGUCCAAACAGACCCGGAGAUUAACACCAAGAAAAUUAACCCUGAGAAUUCAAAACUAUCAGACUUGGAUAGUGAAACACGCAGCAUGGUAGAAAAAAUGAUGUAUGAUCAGCGGCAAAAAUCAAUGGGGCUUCCCACAUCUGAUGAGCAAAAGAAGCAGGACAUACUAAAAAAGUUCAUGGAACAGCAUCCAGAAAUGGAUUUUUCCAAAGCAAAAUUCAACUAAUACAAUUGUCCCCUUUCUUUCUCCUUUCCUGACAAACUUUUAAAUUUUAAACAGCAAAAAAUUAUGUACCUUUUCCUUUGGGAUGAUGCAGAUAUUCACAUCACCCCAUUUUUGGGUUAAAAAAAUAGUUGUCCUGGUGAAGUCUGUCCUUCAUCUUUGUAAGACAAUAUUUUAGGGAGAGGAAGGAUUGAAGCAAAUGGGAGCUGUAUUACAAAAUAGCUACUUUCCCCUGGGCUUUUCUUAGUUUUGGAAAAUUUGGGAAGGUAUUUAAAAAAUUUUUUUGAAAAUCUGAAGUUGAUAUUCAUCUUUGACCAUUCUCUGUCCCCCAGCUUCUGCUCCUAAAUAAAGGGCUGGAAGUCUUGUCUUAAAAAUACCAUCAGUCUUUUUUGUUGUUGUUGUUUCAAACCAAGCAACCACUAUACAGAUAUAACUCCAUAUAACAAUACUGAGAGUGGCUUCAGAAUCAAAAGAAACACUGACAAUCUUUAAGCAUCUGUUGCUUGUUCCAUUUGAGCCAUCAACUCCAAGGUGCAGCAGUGCAGGAAUGUGUGUGCUGGGUAUGUACAGGUUGCCAUUUAGAUGUUACAGUGAAAGCAUGGAGAGCAGAUUCAUACCAAAUCCAUGUCUUUGCCAGUCAGUACUAUUUAUUUCAGAAUUAACACUGCAAACUUAAGUAGUUAAGCUUGGAGACAAUGUACAUUUGUCCAGGAUUUGGAAUAGAUCGCAAGAAUGCUAAGAUCCUUAAUAAUCUGAGAUGCUGGUCUUAUUUUCAUUCCUCUAAAUGUUUCUGUCCUCAGCUGUUUCUCCUAGACCAUGUUGUAACUUAUCUCAGAGCUUUGGUGGGAAUAGACUCAAAAGUUUGAGGAUCUACAAAAUGCUUUAUUGCUUCUGUUGCAAUAUUGGGCUUGGGGAGUUACAAAUCCAAAAUUAAGGGCAAUUGGGAGAUGGUUAUAUUACUGACUCCUUCAAAGAGACUGACUUGUGCUCACCUUAAGUCAAUCUCAUGAACUGUGCUGACAUCAGAAAAUGAUACGCCAGCGGUAACUAAGGCUCUUCCGCUGUUAAAAGGGACAUAAUGAGCAAGAAGCAUGUCUCUGGCCUGCUGAAGAUGAGCUACCCACCUUACCAGAUGUGUUCCUUUCAGCAUUGGACAUGUCAAUCAAGAAUAUUUAGUUCUCUUCUGUUGCUUACAAAUAGCUUGUAUUGUGCAUGCAUGAUUAAAAAGGUGAUGCUUUCAUGCGUUGUCAAACUGUCAUCAGAGUACCCAGGAGCAAGCUAUCCAAGAUAAAUAGCAGCUCUAAAUAAACUGUUCUGUACCUUUCUGCUCUCUUCAAUUAAUA